AUGAAUAGUAAUGAUGAAAAUGUUGAAUCUGAUGAACAUGAAGAAGUAGAAGAGGAAGAAGAUGAUGAUGAAGAACAACACCAACAAAUUGAUGAUAAUGAAGCUGAAGCAGAAUCAGAAGUAGAACAAGAAGAAGAAGAAGUAGGAAAUGAUGGUAGUGGUCAAGAAGAAUCUAAUCAACAAGAAACUGUACAACAAGAUGAUGAAGAAGAGGAAGAACAAGAGCAAGAGCAAGAAGAAGAAGUAGAGGAAGAAGAACAAGAAGAACAUGAAGAAGAAACUGAUACAAGAGAUGCUGUUGAUCCUACUAAUCCAUUAGAUGAAGAUUCUGUUGAAGCCGCUCAGAAUCUUACACAAGAGGAUGUUUUCGGUGAAGAUUUAAGUGAUUUAAGUGAAGAUGAAGAUGGUGUACGAAGAAGAAAACAAAAUGAGUCUGAUUUAAAUGGAAGUCAAAAUGGAAAUGAAGAAGAAUUACUUGAAGAAGAAGAGGAAGAAGAACAAAUUCCAGUCGAUACACCUCAUGUUACAUGUGAUCUUGGUCGUGAUAUUCAUCUUAUUAAAUUACCAAGUUUUAUGAAAAUUGAACCUAAACCUUAUGAUCCUCAAUAUCUCACUGAAGAUGUUCGCGAUGAUGAUGAUGAAGAAAGUAAAGCUCGAUUAAAAUUACGAAUUGAAAAUACUAUUCGUUGGCGUGAUGGUUUAAAUGAAGCUGGUGAAACUGUACGAGAAAGUAACACAAGAUUAGUACGUUGGUCGGAUGGAAGUUUAUCUUUACAUGUUGGUAAAGAAAUCUUUGAUGUAUCAAGAGCAAAUAUACAAAGUGAUCAUAAUCAUCUAUUUGUUCGACAUCAAAAAAGUAUGCAAGCACAAGCUGUUUUUCGUACAAAACUAUCAUUUCGGCAACAUUCUAAUGAUUCAUUAGCACAUUUAAAACUUAAAUUUGCUAGUAAAGCCAAUCCAGCACCAAAAGUUCGUGUUCUUUCAAAUAUUAAAGCACCUAUUUUAAAUAGUGCCGAUAUGAUGAAGAAAGAAGAACAACGAAUGAGAGCGGAAGAACGACGACGUAAUCAACAAAUACGACAACGUGAACGAGCUGCUUAUAGAGAUCGUAAUAUGUCAGCAAGUUAUCUUGAAGAUCGUGAUGAAGAUGAUGAAGAUAUUGAACAAGAAUCCAUAAGUACAAUUAAGAAAAAUGUUAAAAAGAAAAAACUUACAGGUGGAUAUCGAGCUGAAGUUACAAGUGAAGAAGAAGAAGAAGAUGAUGAUCCAAAUGAUAAAUUUAUUGGUCAACGAUCAUCAACUACAACAAAACAUCGAAAAAUAACUUCUUCCGAUGAAGAUGAAUCGGAUAAUGAACAACAAGCUAAACGAAAACGUGUACAAUCUGCUAAUGAAGAAGAAGAAGAGGAGGAAGAAGAAGAAGAAGAGGAAGAACAAGAGUCAGAUUGA